AGAGAGAGAGAUGAGAAGCAGGCUGUGGAUGUAGAGAGAUAGAGAGAGAUUAUAUAUACAGAGGGAGAGAGAGAGGGCGAAAGCUUAUGGUUGAUGACGAUGGACCGAGAAAAGGAGAGAGAGACAGAACUAGAGAGUGCGAUGUAUACCAACUGUUUGUUGUUAGGGCUUGAUCCGUCGAUCAUCGGUGUCGGAGCAAAUAACGGUACUCCUCGGGUGGGGUUAUUCCGACACUCCAACCCUAAAUUGGGUGAACAGCUUUUAUACUUUAUAUUGUCCUCUCUCCGAGGUCCAAAGGAUUUUGAUAAAGUAUGGCCGAUUUUUGAUUCUACUCAAUCUCGCGAUUUCCGGAAGGUUGUACAAGGCAUCAUAAGUGAGUUGGAAUCGCAAGGGGCGCUCCCGAGAAGUAAUUCGAGGGUUUCAUCGCUGGCUACAUGUUGUGGACCGAGAUUUGUGGAACUAUUGUGGCAACUCUCUUUGCAUGCUUUGAGAGAAGUUCAUAGACGAACAUAUGCAGCAGAUGUAGUCUCAAACCCGCUACCUGCUUCCCUGACCGAUGUAGCUUUCUCACAUGCAGCUACUCUUCUUCCUGUAACAAAGGCUAGAAUAGCUCUCGAGAGAAGAAGGUUUCUGAAGAAUGCUGAGACAGCAGUACAGAGACAGGCUAUGUGGUCAAAUUUGGCUCAUGAAAUGACAGCAGAGUAUCGCGGUCUUUGUGCUGAAGAGGCAUAUUUGCAGCAAGAGUUGGAGAAGUUACAUGACCUGAGGAACAAAGUGAAGAUGGAAGGUGAACCAUGGGAUGAACUUGUAUCUAGCUCAAGUCAGAAUUCUCAUCUGGUUCAGAGGGCUACUCGCUUGUGGGAUUCUCUACUAUCGCGCAAGAGUCAACAUGAAGUUCUUGCCUCAGGCCCCAUUGAGGAUCUGAUAGCACAUCGGGAGCAUCGAUACCGAAUCUCUGGAUCAUCUCUUCUUGCCGCUAUGGAUGAAAGCAAUCAAGUCUCCUCUGCUGAUCUAGAGAAGGAACAAGCUGAUAGAUCACAAGUGAAAGUAAAUAGAGAAAAUGUGAACGAAAAUUUGAGUUCUUCUCAACCUCAAGCCAGUGAUGAAAAAACAUCUAGGGUGGAUGAUCGAAGUGGAAGAGGUCAGCCGACAGUUGAUAUAGCAGAAGUUUUGAGGCGUUGGACUCAUGCCCUACAGCGUAUACAUAAACAGUCGCUUCACCUGGCAAAAGCAAAUGAUGGUGAAGGUCCAGAUCUUCUGCGAAGUGCAAAUGAUGGCGGUACGAAUGGCCAUGCUGAAUCUUUAGCUACAACACUUGCUGAACAUCGACAACAUUUAGCUAGUAUACAGGUGCUUGUUAAUCAAUUGAAAGGUGUUGCCCCAGCAAUACAGAAUUCAAUAUCGGAGCUCAGUGAGGAAGUGAACAGUAUCUCUUCCAACCUUCCUCAAGUGACAAACCACUGUGGUAGAUCUACCUCACCUGUUCAAGCACAAAGCACUGGAAGGACAAUGGAAAGUAGCAGUGAUGAGGUCGCGGAUGUUACUUCGAGAUUAUCAACAACUCAUAUUGAUAAAGUUUCAUCUAGUUCAACUGCUUUAAAACUGCCCCCUUUAUUUAGUUUGACACCAAAUUCAACUGCAAAAAGUGGGAACUUCUACAGGAGACAGACUCAAAGUCAUACUAACCAUUUGGAGAAUGUAUCUGAAAACUUGCCUCUCGAACAAACUGUAUCAAAUAGCCAAGUAAAUACACCACAAACAGAUGAUGAGAAUGAUUAUGUUCUUAACUUGAAGAAAUCUGUCAGAGAAGCAGCUUUGUCAACGCGGUCCAGCAAUACGGGCCAUUUACAAGAUAGUCAUUCUGAUGAUGGAUCUGAACAUUUCUUUGUGCCUCUUUCAGGAACAGGGUUUUCUCGAGUUGGCCAAGAAAAAAAAUCAGUUCCAUCGAGAAGUAAACAGUUGUUUGUACCUGAAAUGAAUACUUCCUUGCUAGGGAAUCGUGUUUCAGAUGUGAACAAGUAUAAUGCCACACUUGACACGUCCAAUAACUUGGAUAUGCUGAAUGACUAUGAUGGGGUAAAUGGAUUUAUAUCUGCUGCUGCUUCGAAUUAUGCAGAGUCUGAAGGACGAUUGUCAUUCUAUGACCUGGAUGAGACUCAAGAUCAAGUCUUCUCACCUCCUUUCCUCAUGGACGCAUCUCUGUCGGGAGAUUCAUUUGAGGAUUUACUUGCACCUCUGUCGGAAACUGAAACGGCCUUGAUGGAGCAUUAGUAGAAAGAUUUCUGGUGUUGUAUUCUUGAGGAGAAGAUAUAAUUUGGUCUAGUUUUGAUUCCAUGGGUUGUGAUCUAAUCAUUUAAAUAUACCCGGUGCUUGUUCGGUUUCACGCACUCUUCCAACCGUCAUCAAUGGGGGAAGCUAGAGGUGUUCUUUUGGGUUUUGGGGGUAGGUUAUUUUAUUUAAUGCCCUUUUAAGUCUCACAACAUAACCAACCAACUAAACAACCAUGUUGGUUGUGUCUAGUGAUGGCAUAUACAACAGAAGCUAAGCUAAAUCUUGUAUGAGGUAAGUAAGCUGCUAUCAAGGGGGUGGGUGGAUUUGAUUUGUGAAGGUGAAGACAAGAUUGGAGUUUGUAAAAUCUGUGGUUGAUUCUUUGUUUUUUUUUUUUUGGUUGGGUAAUGUUACAAGUAAGAGAUGAAGUUGUGAAAAUGGUAUAAGCUUCUAUUCUUUGUUUGUAUAAUUUUAGUGGGAAUUUAUGCUGCCA